UUUUUAUUAAGUUAUUUGUCAAUAAUGACACAAUUAAAUAUCAAGACUUUAGCAUGGUUAUGUAUCAUUUUAUUGGUAAUACUUCACAGCUACCAGUGCUCUGUAACCUAUCGUGUCGUAGCACAGGAUCCUAACAAAACAGAAGCAACUAUUGUUAUCAAAGAGCAGACACUUUACUGGACAGUCAUAUUGCGAUAUAAUACUAAAGUUAGACUAAGGGUGAAAUCUGGUGGUCGUAUCACAUCCUCGUCACCCGAGGGAAACAUUUAUGUUAUUGGCGGCAAUCCUAUCACUGAUAGCAAUACUAUUGAUUUUAUAGCCAAAUAUGACCGUAAAUCGGGUGCCAAACUUAUAAGUGCCACUUUUAAUCGGAGACCUAUUAAAUUAAUAUAAAUGAUUUCAAUGUUGCAAUAAAUUAUUAUAUAAUAAAAACUCCAGGAUUUUCCUCA